AUGGCGGCGGCCAUAUCGUGCAGGGACGGCAUCGUGUCGGGGGCCAGCGACCUGACCACCUCGGCGAGCAGCGCGGUGGGGGCCUCCACCGGGCCACCGGCCGGGCUGGAGCGCCGAGUGGCCUGGCUGGAGGAGGAUGUUGCGGUCCUGCACCGCCGCCAGCGGGACGAGUGUGGCGUCGCUGAGGGCCACAGCGCCUGCAGCGACCUCGCCCUCUACGAGCUGGUCAGACGCCUGGACGGCGAGCUGCGGGCGGAGAGGCGCGCGCGCGAGGCGCUCGAGGCACGCCAGCGCACGCUGGAAGAGGCUCUCCGGUCAGAGCAGCAGGCGCGCGAAUCACACUUGAGGAGCGUCUCUGCCGAGCUGCGGGCCACCGUGGACGAGCUGGUGCAGCGGGUCGACCGGGGCCUGUGCGCGGGGGUGGCGACCAGUUGGGCCUCGCAGAGGUCAAGUUGCGCUCGCUGCUCCAGCGUGUGGACGAGCCCGCGCGCGGGCGGGGCGCCGCCCGCGGCGCCCGCCGCGCGCCGGCCGCGGUCCCCCGCCCGGGCUUUGGCUGCGCGCGGGCAGUCCCCGGAGCGGUUCUCGGCGCCGUGCACCGAGAACGCCGCGGCGCGGCUGGCCGCCUGCCCGGCCAGGGCGGUCGGGGAGGGUCCGAUGAUGUCGAACCCGGACCAGCUCAUCCACGACUGGGACGAGCUUCGCCAGGAGAACCUGCGGCUGCGCGAGCUGCGGGCCCAGCAGCUGCGCGCCGCCGCCGCCCCGGGGGGAGAGCCGCCACGCGGCGCCGCGACCCCGCAGGGCGCCCCGGGCCCGGCGGCCGGGGAGGGGCUGACCCCGCUGGUCACGCCCUGCCUCGCGCAGCCCUCGACGCUGCAGGUGCCGGGGAGCGGCCUCGCAGCGAGGCCACGAGGCGCCGCGGUGGCCCCCUACGCCGUGGGGCCGCCGUGCGGGCACGACCCGUUUGGGCUUCGGCGCAGCACCGACGACGCGGCCCUGCGGCCCCGCCAGGCAGGAGCCGCGGCCCUCCCGAGCUGA